UUGGUAAUGGCGGAGCAAAAACAAGUCAUGUCCCCCCCGGUGGCUUUUUCUUUUCUGCCAGAACGAGUGCCCCUAACCCAAGCUUCUUUUGAUAUCGCCACUCCACCUCAUGUUGCUCACUCCUGUUAUUCGUGCUUCUCUUUACAAACGUACCGCAGCCUUCCAUACAGUUUCAAUAACAUUAGCUGAACGUGAAGGCUUGUUUGGUAAAUUCAACCCCUGGGCCAAAAAGCCCGCAUCAACACCGGAAGCUGCCACGGCCCCUAGCAAUACCGAAAGCAUUGACCCUGUUACUUUUGACGUUAAAUACCACGAUGACCAAGAGAUCGUAUCUUGGAAGAAUGCGGAUAUUAUGACCGACCCUGAAUCUAUUCAUUCGACAGUGCGUACGAUUGUGCUCGAACACAACAAGAAUGCAACGGAUGCUGACUGGAAAUCAUUGAGCUUAAAGGAUUUGGAUGUUAAAUACAAGAUCGUGAAAGAGAGCAUGAAGCAAAUCGGCAAGGAAGUGCCGAAUCUCGAACUCAAUAACAUGCAAACGGUUGAGGAUAUGCUGGCAUUCUUCCAACGUCCUGAAGAUAAAGUGGCGACAUCGUCGAUUGAAGCCUUCUUCCAAGACAACGCAGAUACGUUACCGAGCAACCUUACCUUUGCGCCACGAGAGAAGACUAGAUUAUAGACGGGAAAGAAAGAACUUUUCUUAAUAACGGAUAGAGUGUGAUAGCCUUUAAAUGUUUUCUUUCUCCCUGAUUCCAUUACUUUGGGUUGUAUUGACAUCCAAGUGAAGGAAUUGUACACUUGAUUUGUAUUUUGUUUAUAAAAUAAGCUA